AUGAGUCAAAAGAUGGUCAAAACCGAGUGUAGUUGCUCUUCUCUCCCUAAGCCUGAGUCACCCUCUUUAGUUGUUCCUUAUCCUGGUUUCUCUCCAAUCCCAGUUGUUAAUCGUUAUAGUCCUUUAGGUACCACUGUUGGCCAAUUUCACCCAAAUUAUCAAUCUGCCUUAGUUUCCAGCUAUGAUCCCUUUCAGCUUUCUUCAACCGCUACUCCUGUCUCUUCCUACCCUAAAUCAUCUCCUUAUGUUCAUAAGAGUAGUUCUAAUCUUCAUGGUCAAGACCCCAAUGAAGACUACCCGGCCUACGACAUGAAUUCAGACUAA